AUGUCUCGCCGAUCUCGCAGUCGAUCCAGGUCCCCAAAAAGGGACAGAGAAGAACGAAGAAGACGUGAUGACAGAGAUCGAGAAAGGAAAAGAGAUAGGAAAGAUCGUGAUAGAAAGAGAAGGUAACAGAGGCAGAAUUGGAAGGAUCGUGUUCAUUUGCUUGAAUCUAAAUGCUUCCAGACAUCGCAGUUCUUCAUCUGAAUCGUCGAUGGCGGAGUCACAUCAAUUGGGGAGCAUCUUGAGAGAGGAGAGACGCAGACGCGAAAGGAACAGCUCGCCGAAGUGAGGACUCUCCGUCCUAUCUGAAGAAUAAUAAUGAUCGGUUUUGAGACUUCCUCCGUUGCCGCCGCCUCCGCCGGUCGACGGUCCAGAUUCAGGUGUUCCGUUCGAUGUUAGCACUCUGGACGAGCCGACAAAGAAAUGGCUCGAGGAGAAAAUUGUGGAACAGGUGCGUUCGGAAGCAAGAAAUGGAACGAAUGAACGUAAAAACAUGUCCAGGUGACGACACGUGUACAUCAGCUGGAAACGAUGAUGGCCGAGAAAGCGACAUCCGCCAGGAACGAAAUGGAAAAGAUGCUGAGAGCACAAAUUGAAGCAGAAAUGGCAGUGGAACUGGCUGAGUGUAAGAAACGAGAUGUGAGUGAAUUCACUUUGGGAGCCUUCGCAAAGAUCUUGUUCCAGGAAGAAUCUCGAAAGAAAUGUAAGCAGCUAGAAGCGGAAUUGGAGCGAAAAGUUCUGGAAGCAGAAGAGAGCCGCAAGAAAUUUGUGAGUUUCGCUAUCGGAUUCUGUAAUAUGAACUUUGUUGUCACUACUGAUUAUAAAAGUCGUCCUAAUUAUAUUUCAGAAGUUUAUCUCUGUUUUCAUAAGCGUUAAUUAAUAUCCCCAUCUCAAACCCCCACAUUUCCGUUACCUCUCUUCGUAUCCCUCUACAGUUUUUGAAUUUCUUAUGUCUUGUGCAAUCAAUUUGCCAUAUUUGAUUCAUCGAUGGGAUUGACGUCAUCGCAGUCUGAAUCGCACGAAUGCAGCGAUGAUCCGAGAGCAGGUAUUCCGCCGAGAUGGUCCCUCGACUAUUCCAUUCUGUUCCUCUAGCUAGGCAACACUCGAAGCGACUUUCUAUGAAAUUUUGCAUUUUCAGGAAGAGGAUCGUCUCGCGAUGCUUGAACAAAAGAGCCAGUUGGAGAGGGACCGUGCUGAACUCGCGCGUCAAAAAAUCGAAGUGCAGAAGAACGAGCAGCAGGCAAUUCUGAACAAGUCGGGCAACGCUCGUGCUCCGAUCAAGUUCAAAUUCGGAAAGUGAACAUUUACUCGAACCGAAUAUUGCCGAUCUCAUUGCCUUCUCACUUUCUUUCCGUAUUUAAGUAAUUGCAAAACAAAUUUGAUAAUGUUGACCUGUUAGGUCUUAAUAAAAAAAUGUUCAUGAAUGUAUUUUUCCAUAUCAAAAACGUUAGUCGUUGAGAUCUUUGCCCCUUUCCACAUUUCAACUUCUUAACCUCCUUUUCAGAAUGCGGGUCUUCUAUCUUCUAAUCCUUUUCGUCCCUUUUGUAGUUGGCCAGUGGACUACUGAAGAUCUGGCUCUUUACGAUCUGGUCGAGGAAUCCGGAGUCAACUUUUACGAAUGGUUCGACAUUCCUCGUGACGCAAGUUCCACCCAAGUGAAAAAGGCUUACCGCAAACUGUCACUAGAAUGGCACCCCGACAGGAAUUCAGCUCCAGACGCAACUGAGAAGUUCCGCCAAGUGGCAGGCAUUUACGAGGUGCUGAAGACGACGGAACUGCGCGAGAAAUACGACAAUAUUCUGGAGAAUGGAAUGCCGUCGUGGCGACAGCCCCUCUACUAUUACAGACGAAUGCGCAAAUUGGAAUGGUAUGAAACUGUCCUCGUCCUUCUGUUCAUCGGAACAAUCGCUCAUUACUUGAUGAUGUGGGCGGCGUAUUUCGAGAAGACAUUGGUUUUCAAACAGAACAUGAAACGGUUCCGAAAGACGAAGAAAGAAGAUCCGGCAGAGACGGAGAGAAUAAUGAAGGAGGCACUGGAGGAAUUCCUUCCCAAAUACUCGGAACUUCUUCCGAUUAUAAUAGUCAGGGGAACAUUCAAUUUAUGCAAGAAUAUGAUCACAGAAGCCAUGAAGAAGAAGGAGCCAAAACCGGAAAUUCCGACGGAAGAGGAGCUGGCUCAACAGAGAAGGCAGCAACGGGCGGCCGCUGCUCCACAACAGCCAGAGUUCAAGUUCGAAGUUGCUCAGGGACUGAAAGCUGUAUCGACGAAUGAUCCGGAAAUGGAGAAGAAGUACGCCGCAGAAAGUGUAGUUGUGGCACAAAGUAAGUAGUUUCGGAGAGCAUGUUCAUAUUAGGGGUGUAUUUGACUGCAAUCGAGCUCUACCGCACACCACGUGAAUUGCGGCAACAACAAAGUAGAACUCGCACGGAAUGGAACUGUUACGAUUUGGAACUCGCAGUUGUAUUUUAACGUUGCGAGUUCCAAAUCGUAACAGUUCCAUUCCGCGCGAGUUCUAUUUCGGUGUAGCGCCCGUGAAUUCAGUGCUAAAUUAGAAAGGGUCGCGGUCGCGGCAGUGUUUUCACGUGGGAUUGCGGUAGAGAGCGAUUUCAGUCAAAUGUCGCCAUAAUAAUUAUGUUAUUUAUUUUCUUUCAGAACAGUCUGGAAGCACGUGGACGCCUGAAGAACUGGCUCAUUUGGUCCGACUGAGCACUGAAAAAUACCCGGCUGGAACUCCGAAUCGAUGGGAACAGAUGGGAAGAGUGCUGAACAGGACACCGGAGGAUGUGAUUGCGAUGGCUGGAAAGAUGAAGCAGAUUAAGCAGGAAGAUUAUACGAAGCUGCUGAUGACAAGCAUCCAGCAGUCAGUGCCGACGGAGGAGAAGUCAGAAGAGGACUGGACCCAGACGGAGCAGAAGGUUUUUGAGACGGCACUGCAAAAGUACCCGAAAGGUACAGAUGAAAGGUUCUAAGAGGACUGAGUGGUGUGAAUUAAUGAAUACUUCUUCCAGAUGGGAAAGAAUAUCGGAGGAAAUCGGAACUAAAUCGAAGAAGCAGGUGAUAAUGCGGUUCAAACAGCUUGCCGAGAUGAUUCGGAGAAAGAAAUCCGAAAACUGA